GUAUUCGCUGCACAAAUGAAUGAUCUAAUGUCGACCCAGAAACCGGAAAUAUGCCAGGUCCCGGAAAACCAAAUUUCCGUGAGUUCCCGCAAAGCUGUACAAUUUCUCCUGCGCACAAGAAGGGUAUUCCACAUCUGAACUUCGCUUCGUACGUCUGUGCUGAAGGGCGUUGCGAGCCUGAUCGCUGCUUCAAGCACAUCCCAUAACUGCAAUAUCUCUGCUAUUCGAUCCAUGUUGAUAACUAAUGAAACAGUGUUGAUGACCAAGGCUGUAUGUAUUGAAG